CCGAAAGUAAGAAGCAGUCCGGCAUUUUGCUGUUAAUGUGCAGUAAAACACUUCAGACGGUAAGAUGGCGCUGACGGGGUGAAGCUGUUCCCGAACAUUCGCUCAGUGUGCGGAGUUAUAUCGCGGUGAAGAAGCUGUUCUCAGAGCUGCUGCAGUGCAGGCCCACUGACUCCGCCCACUAUUCUUCACAGUCGUCACUAUUUACUUUGAUAACAGCUUUGCACACUGUUGGCAUUCUCUGAACCAGCUUCAUGAGGGAGUCACCUGGAACGCUUCUCAAUUAACAGACUACAGUCAUGUCUCGUCUCAGCAAAGUUCAGAUCACCUUAAUUGGAAAAACCGGUGUUGGAAAAAGUGCUGUGGGAAACACCAUCCUCGGCAGGACCAGCUUCACGAGCACUUCUGGAUCUUCAUCAGUUACCAGACGAUGUCAGAAGGAGAGUGCUGUGAUUGAAGGCUGCACAGUGACUGUUGUAGACACUCCAGAUUUUUUCCAUUCAACGCAUGAAGAUCUUGUCAGUGAGAUAGACAGGAGUGUGAUGUUAUCUUCUCCAGGAGUUCAUGCGUUUCUCUAUGUGUUAAAUCCCACCACAUUUACAAAGCAGGAGGCAGAAACGGUGUCACGGUUUAAACAGACCUAUGGAGAGGAAGUGUUGAGAUACACAAUAGUUGUGUUCACACACGGAGAUGAGCUUCAGCUGCAUUGUGUAGAUCUGGGCACCUUAAUCUCACAGAACGAGUCCUUGAUGAAUUUAGUGACUCUCUGUGGUGGGAGAUUUACUGUUUUAAACAAUGAAGCUCCAGCAGACAGAGAUCAGGUUUAUUAUCUCCUGGAUAUGAUAGACAGAAUGGUGUCUGGUAAUGAAAACGGCGUCUACGUGCUGGAGAUGCUGCAGGAGGCACGGAGGAGAGCUGAAGAACAGAGAGAAAUGAGUUUAGAGAGCGCUAGAAAAAAACACCAAAGGGAUUUAGAGAGAGUAAAAAGGGAGACAGAGAUGCGUGUAAGGAAAGAACUGGAGGAAGAACUGGAAAAGGCAGGAGCAGGGACUGAAAGAGCAGAUAAGAACAGAGCUGAAGGAGAGAUGGAAAUUAGCAGCGUAGAGCAAGAGCUACAGGAGAGAGAGUGGAAAUUAAUUUACAAUGAAAGAAAAGGAAAAUGGUGGCUCAUUUUGCAGACAGAUGAGUUGCUUUUCAUUCUAUUUUGCUCUGUAGUCUUUGGAUUCCUGUUGAGUCAAAUGUCUGCAGACAGGUGGGCAUGGUUACGCGGGUGUUGUUUAGGGGCGGCAGAAGCAGCAGGAGGACUCGUCACAGGAAAGGCACUGGUUCUGGUCCAGAGGAGUCCGUUUAGGACGUCCUGCAUCAUCAAUCAUCAGGAGUGUCCUCAUGUUCCUUAUCAGUGGAAAAAAGUGUUUAUUACCAUCUGUAGUGGUUUAGUUAGUUCGUCAGUGGUGUAUGCAGGUUCAAAUGAGAUGCCACUUUUAGUGUUGGGAGGACUGACUGGAGGAUUUGCACCAUAUACUGCAACUCUCAGGGCACAGCUAAAUUUAUAAUAAUACAAUAUGGGGUGAUCAGGAAUUUUAUUGAGGAAUCGGAUUGACAUUACCUUCGUUAUACACGUAAUUAUUAUUAUGGAUUAUCACUAAAAUAAAGAAUAAAUUUGGCUGAAUUAUCACGUUCAAAUGAUACAACUCCAGAAGUUCCUCAUGUUUUUGCAUCCUGUCAGUGGUUAAACAGUGUCGAGCUGGUGGUCCAGCCUGCAGUGACUGGACACACUGUAUAAACACGUCUCAUAGAAACUCUGAACAUUUACACUGGAAAGAAACUGAAGGCAGAUGAAGCCCUGGGUUCAAUCAUAACCCCAGCUAUUAGUAUUCUAUGUUCAGUUCAGAAAGUUGGAAUGUAUAGAGUGGUUUCAAACAAGCAAGGAGUCACACUUCGAGAAGAGCAGGAGAUGGAGGGAGAGUGAGGACUCGCAGUCCACGUAGCGCUGAAGCUCCUACUUAUUCCCUUUUCCCUCUUAAACCAGAGUGUAUAUUUAAGGUGUAAAAGGACUUUCUAAAGGAUACAAGGCUUCCAUCGUUAAAGGCUUCACUGAGUGGUGAGGAAAAGUGUGUAUUGUUUUUUUUAUGGUGAUGUCAGCCGCUAACAGCAGUGUUAAUUGUUAAUGAGGGAAGUCGUGUUUGGCUCCAGCUCAGACUACCAGCAUCUGCAAGUUACUAAACACAUUCACAGUGGGGUUUAUGGACUGUAUCCUUCGAGUUAGCCCAUUUGAAGACCUGCAGGAGAUGAGGAGCUGUCUGAUAGCACCUUGAGCUACUGGAAGUGCUUGAGGCUCUGUCAUCCUUUUCAGAAAUCAUUUUCUAAGAGAAAUCUGAAUCAUGCGGCACGGUGGUGUAGUGGUUAGCGCUGUCGCCUCACAGCAAGAAGGUCCGGGUUCGAGCCCCGUGGCCGGUGAGGGCCUUUCUGUGCGGAGUUUGCAUGUUCUCCCCGUGUCCGCGUGGGUUUCCUCCGGGUGCUCCGGUUUCCCCCACAGUCCAAAGACAUGCAGGUUAGGUUAACUGGUGACUCUAAAUUGGCCGUAGGUGUGAAUGUGAGUGUGAAUGGUUGUCUGUGUCUAUGUGUCAGCCCUGUGAUGACCUGGCGACUUGUCCAGGGUGUACCCCGCCUUUCACCCGUAGUCAGCUGGGAUAGGCUCCAGCUUGCCUGCGACCCUGUAGAAGGAUAAAGCGGCUAGAGAUAAUGAGAUGAGAUGACACAGAGGAACAUGAGGAGUUAAAGCAGGCGUUCAGGCACUGAUCUGAACAUUUGGAGCUUUGCUACAAUCAAGUCCAAGAGUUUGUUUCCUUGGAAAAUGUUGAAAUGCGUUAAGAAGCUGAAAUGCUCAUCUUUCUGAGGAAGAACCUUCCGCUGAGGUUAAAGUGAACAAACUUAAAUCCCAUUUGAGUUAUGUAAAGGUUUAUGGUUGGGGGAAAAUAGUUUAAAAACAUAAUUAUACUCAUUAAAUGUUAUAUUUUGUGUUUUAGCCAUGUCGGGCAGUUAUUUUAUACUGAGGAUGUGAUUUAAUGUUAAUGUGACACUCAGUUUGAAUCCCAUUGUAGUUUUAUCAGUUUAGACAGGAUAAGUGGCUACAGAUGAUUGGAUGGAUGGAUGGAUGGAUGGAUGGAAAUGCUGUUGAUCUCAGUGUGGGCUAUAUUCAGGUUUACAUUUUCCUGUUCUAUGGGAAUGAUCAUUCAUUUAUUUUUACUGCAUCAUUCUGUGUGUGUUUUCAUCGUGGUCUCUGACUUUUGACUGAUGCACUGCUGUGUGGAAAACACCUGAUUACUUUAUUAUCUUCUUGCCUUAUUUUGUAAUCUACAAUAUUGCUGUAACCUACCUGUGCCAAUUUACCACUUUAUAUAACAAAAUAAAUAUUUCUGUAAAUCAUCACUGUGACAACAGAUUUACUGGAUUAUAUCAAUUUUGUAGUACUGAUAGAUACACAGUAAAAUCCCCAGUGUUGAAUUAACACCCAGAGUGUCGAUUUAACACCCUACUGUGUUUAUCUCCAAUUGGACACAAAUGAACUCUGAAAGUGUUAAUUCAACACUGGGGAAUUUACUGUAUAGAUAGAUAGAUAGAUAGAUAGAUAGAUAGAUAGAUAGAUAGAUAGAUAGAUAGAUAGAUAGAUAUUUUACUUUGUUCUUUAAAUCUUCAGAAUUCACACAUUUUUUUCAACAUACAGUCAUAAAGUAAUUAUACUCCUGGCAAAGUACAAAAUAAAGCAACUGUAUAUAGAGUACAGUAGAAUAUAUCAACAGAACUGAGCUCACUGAUUUUACAUGCAUUAUUAUUAUUAUUAUUAUGUAAAAGUCUGUGGUGAUCAAAUAAAGAUGUGACAGAAUUUGCUUUAACAAUGUCAUUCCAGGGAAACAGGAUUGUAUAAACUCAUUUACUCGUCAUUACAAGAACAUUAAUCCAGUGUUUGUGGAAUUGAGAAUCUUUGGAGUAAAAACAUGCAUGUAUCUGAAAGAUGAAUAGAAAAUGUUAAUCAGAGAUCUACACACUUUCAAAUAAACAAUCACAAAGAUGUGUAAGACAUGAACUCAGCUGAUUUCAGUGAAUCAAUAACUGUCUAAUGUUGAGUGAGAAACUGUAGAUGUUAUUAAAACUGUUUAUGAAAUAAA